AUGAGCGGGCAUGUAGGCAUACUGACGCCUACACUUAGAUGCAAAUGUGUGCACUUGAAGAGGCACGGUUUCAGGUUUCAAAAUUCGUCUUCCACAAACCCAACACCCGUCCUCCCCCUAUUUGCUUCCGACCCACCCCCAACACGCCUCGCAGUAGUAGCUGCCUCCUUCCCUAACCUGGACUCACAGCGGUGUCCAUCACAAUCAAGCGAUGGUACCGACAUCGACCGAAAAAUGGGCUUCAGGAACUGGGAGAAAGAUAGGAAAACGGUUUCUUUGAGAACGGAAUCAUUGCGAACACAGAAAUUAACAAGCCCGACAAGAACUUCAAGGCACCAAUGGAUUUUAAAAUUUCUCCCCCCACCAUUCUUUCUCCAUCCCCACAACCGCCGCCGGUCUAUUGUCUUCUUCGUUGCAAACUACAAUACUCCUGUCCCCUUCUGUCUCGUUUCUCCACCCCACUUACACCUAACUAGCCACAAGAGUUGUUGGCUCUGUCAUAAUCAUGGCACGAACCCUAAAGGCGUCGGUUGGCAUCGCAGACUAACAGAGAAAGGAAGCCUACUUAUUUUUCCCGCGUCUUUCCCCUUCGUCCACCUGCUUCUUACAGCUUCAUUUUUCUUAGCUUCUUUCUUUCGAGCUGCCCGUCCGCCAUUCUUCCCUCGUAAUGUUGUCUCAAUUCAUCUUCUUAUUUAUUGGCGCAAUUUCAAUAAUGAGUCUGCUGACUUCGCCGUUCUUGUUUUUAUUGAUGGUCGCUUUUAUUUUUUAUUCGUUCAUUCAUUUUUUUUACCCUCUUCCUUUGAUCCAUUCUGA